GAAAAACGGACAUAAUUUUAAGAGAAUCCAACAAAACCGGCAUGAUUGAUGUUCAAUAAUUCAUGCUGAACUUCCACGCACAGGUCUGCGGGAUCAAAUAGAGUCCGGAUUCGGAAGGGAUGCGAUCAUCUACAUGCUCGUUGAAACUUGUUUUUGACUUGAGGAACCGGAGGCCUUGAUCGUUGCCUGAAAGUUCGAGUCUUUGCACUAUGAUUUCGACUGUGAAGCAAUCUGGGGCACAAGCAAUCCUCCGUCCUGAUCUCCUCCGUCCAAAGCCUCCGUCACUGGCUCCCAAUUUACGUUUCCUUCCGCCUCUCCCGGCGGUGAAGCACUCCCGGAGCUUUAUAGUUUCGUUAGCCAAGCCACUCCACGUUUCUUCUGUCGAGGCCUUUGGAAGUUUAAAGCAGAGAUCUCGAGGGGAUGAUCAUGAGAAUCGUGGUCUGGUCGCGUGCAACGCCCAGGAGGCCGAUGGACAGCAGCCGGUGAAUGAUUCGGCGGCCAAACUUGAGGCUGCUAGGAAGGUGAAGAUCGGGAUCUACUUCGCUACUUGGUGGGCUUUGAAUGUGGUCUUCAAUAUAUACAACAAGAAGGUUCUGAAUGCAUUCCCUUUUCCCUGGUUGACCUCCACGCUCUCGCUUGCUGCUGGAUCUCUUAUUAUGCUUAUAUCUUGGACUUUGAGGAUCGUUGAAACUCCUAAUACUGAUCUGGACUUCUGGAAGACCCUCUUCCCGGUUGCAGUUGCGCACACCAUUGGGCAUGUGGCAGCUACUGUGAGUAUGUCAAAGGUGGCGGUUUCCUUCACUCACAUUAUCAAAAGUGGGGAACCAGCUUUCAGUGUUCUGGUUUCAAGGUUCAUCCUGGGAGAAAGCUUUCCGCCAUCUGUUUACUUGUCACUGAUUCCAAUUAUUGGUGGAUGCUCCCUUGCCGCUCUUACUGAGUUGAACUUCAACAUGAUUGGCUUUAUGGGUGCCAUGAUUUCGAACUUGGCCUUCGUUUUCCGAAACAUAUUUUCCAAGAGAGGCAUGAAGGGGAAGGCUGUUAGUGGAAUGAACUACUAUGCUUGCUUGUCUAUCCUAUCUCUUGUAAUUCUCACCCCAUUUGCACUUGCCGUGGAGGGAAAACAGAUGUGGGCAGUUGGGUUUGAAAAAGCUUUUUCCCAAAUCGGACCGAAUAUCAUAUGGUGGAUGUUGGCCCAGAGUGUGUUUUAUCAUCUCUACAAUCAAGUGUCAUACAUGUCUCUGGAUGAGAUAUCUCCUUUGACUUUCAGUAUCGGAAACACCAUGAAGCGAAUUUCUGUUAUCGUGUCAUCCAUCAUUAUCUUCCGGACACCGGUCCAGCCUGUCAAUGCUCUCGGAGCAGCUAUUGCUGUCUUUGGGACUUUCUUGUAUUCACAGGCAAAGCAGUGAAGACUGAAGACCAAGACUUGGGCAAACAUGGAGUGAGGGAGUAAUCAGAAUCCCAUUUUGGGAUUGCCCUAGCUGUGGAACGGCUUUGUCUGUAGAUAGCAAAUAAGAAGUUGAGGAGUUAGUUACUCGAACUGUAAGAUACAAAGAUAGAUUACGCAGUUCAUUGUAAUUUUGCAUUUUACACUUCCAUAUUGGCAGAUUUUAGAGAAGAAUGUUGACCUGUGUGGGCUUAAGUUACUUGUUUAAGGACUGGGCUUUGGUUCUUUGUCCGGCCCAUAUGAGCCCAACUUGUAUUAGAAGUCCUUAAUUAAUUAUUUAAUCCUGUUUGCUUGGUCCAAAAUUUCUUGAGAGAAAACCUUGGCAACGUUUAGUUUUACUCUGCUUUGAUGUUUUGUAGUUUUCUUUGUAACAUAACAUUCUAAUUAGUUUUCUUUGUAACAUAACAUUAUAUGCGCACUCAACUUUUGUCUAUACGCACUCAAAAUACCUCUUGCUGGACAAGUUUGUCUAGACUCUAGAGUCUAGAUCACCCUCCGGGAGUCCGGGUGCACGUUUUUUCAAUUUUGUUUAUGAAUUUAAGGGAAAAGGCCCAUCUCGCUAGCUGUGUUUUUUGUUUAACAACUUAACAAGUAUUCUUUCCAUUAUUCAUUCAAAAAAAAAGUAUUCUUUCCAUUAUUGUGUGCCUUUUUAUAUUAUAUUUUUAACAAGCACAGUUCUCGUGGUAUAAUGGAGUGUUGGUAUAAUGGUAUCUAUUUGUUUGCAGUUUUGCACUCUUUUUCAAACAAAAUGUUUUAAAACUAGGACAAUCAACA